GGCGGGCGGAGCCGCCCCCGGCCCGUCCCGCCCGUCCCGCCCGGAGCUGCGGCGGCUGCGCGGCGGGGCCGCCAUGAGCGACGAGCGGCUGCGGACGGUGCGCGACCGCGUGCGGCCCUUCCCGGACUUCCCGGAGCCCGGCGUGCUGUUCCGCGAUAUCAGCCCCUUGCUGAAGGAUCCUGUGGCCUUCAGGACUUUGAUCGAUCUUCUGGAGGAUCAUGUGAGGGCGUCUUUCCCGAAAAUCGACUUCAUUGUGGGGCUGGACUCGCGGGGGUUCCUGAUCGGGACCCCGCUGGCGCAGCGGCUGGGCAUCGGCUUCGUGCCCGUGAGGAAGAAGGGAAAACUGCCCGGAGCCACCCAGUCCAUCUCCUACAGCCUGGAAUACGGCAAGGCUGAGCUGGAAAUCCAGAGCGAUGCUCUGGAACCAGGGCAGAAAGUGGUGAUUGUGGAUGACCUGCUGGCAACUGGAGGUACCAUGGGUGCUGCCUGCGAGCUGCUGAAGAGGCUGAAGGCUGAAAUCCUGGAGUGCCUGGUGAUCAUAGAGUUAAAAGGCCUGAAAGGGUCGGAAAAGCUGAAUUCCAUCCCUUUCCACUCCCUGCUGCAGUAUGACUGAGGAGCAGCAGGGAGGAGGGAGCACUGGGAACAAAUCUGGGGCUUUGGGUAGUGACUGGAUGUCACAGGGGGGUGGGGAAGGGGGUUAAACACAGGUUUUGAGCAUGGCCAGAUGCUCUUCAAUCCUAAAUUUCACUGUGUUGAGUGUAAUGAUCCCUUUUGGAGUUCAUCCUUUUAGGAAGAAGGAACGGAUUGACUGGGGGGGAUGGAGACCAAGAUGCAGCUUCUCUGAAUCUGUGGUUUUAGGAGACCAAAGUGACAAUAUUGCUGCUGAGGCAGGAGAGCUCUGACAGGGCACCAGUAUUCCCUGGGUUGGGCUGUCAGCCUCCAAGGAACCUGCUAAAAAAUUCCCAAAGAAACACAGGGGAUGGGGCAAAAAGCAAUUCUUUCUCUAAGGGACAAAUCCUGCUGUAUCUGACCUCAGGAGGGGCUGGCUGCUCUGUGCUGUCACUCACAUCAGAACAAAUUGCUCUUACACCAGGGCUGUGCUUGUUCAGGAGAAUGGCUGUAUCCUUAAAUCAGGAUGGUGGUGCUGUGGGAUGAGCCCAGCCAGGGUUUCCCUUCCCUGGAGACCACAGGCACCUUUUGUUCAGCAGGAAUUCCCCAUCUCCUGCACCACAUCCCUCCUGUUGGGCUGCUCUGGGCCCCCAGGCUGCUGCCAGCUCAGAGCCUGCCCCUGGUGGGAGCUUGGUGCCACGGGAGGGAUGUUGCAGUGGUCUCAGGUGCUUCCUCCAGCACAGCUAAAUCCCCGUGUGCCAAAACUUCCACAAGCCUGAAACCAUCAGGGACUGUGUCCCUGGCCCAGCAGGGACUGGACUCACAGGUAAAAUAAAUGUUGAUGUAUUUUUAUAUUUCCUAA